AUGGAGAUGGAUGGAGAAAGAAAUGAAGAUAGCUUCAUUGAAAGCAUAUGUGAUUCAGUGUCUUCCAUUGUGGAGGGGUGUCGUUUACCAGUGAAGAUGAAAAACUGGGAUGAAUGGACUCUUGCUGAGGUCCUUGGGAUUAAGGAGAAGGAUGGGAAGAGACAGUUCUAUGUCCACUUCAUCGAUUACAAUAAGAGAUUGGAUGAAUGGGUGAAUGAAGAUCGGCUAGAUAGACGGAAGGUGCAGUGGCCCAAGAAAGAUGGUGCGGGAGGCACCACUGGGACAGUAACAGUAGUUGGAUCUCGCCCUGCAAGUCCAGCUCCUUCCUGUACAUCUUUGGAAAGCGUGACCAGCUCCUCUUUGGCUGCUGCCAUUCAGAAGAAACAGGCUGGAAGAAAGAGAAAAGCUGUGGCUCUUGACCUUGAGGUCAACAUGAAAGAGGACUCAAUGGAUGGGAGUAACCAGGCAGGUGGACCUCGACAGACAGGCAGCUUGAUGGUUCACCACGACAAUGUUAUCACACGCAUGAAGAAUGUGGAGAUGAUUGAGCUUGGAAAGCAUCGUAUCAAACCUUGGUACUUUUCACCUUACCCCCAGGAGUUGAUUUCCUUGCCUUGCAUUUAUUUGUGUGAAUUCUGUCUCAAGUUUCACAAGUCUGUCAAGUGCCUAGAGAGACAUCUUGAUAAAUGCCCCCUGAAACACCCUCCUGGAAAUGAGAUCUACCGCAAAGGAACUAUCUCAUUCUUUGAGAUUGAUGGCCGCAAGAACAAGGUCUAUGCCCAGAAUCUAUGUCUCUUGGCAAAGUUAUUCUUGGAUCACAAGACUCUCUAUUAUGACACGGACCCAUUCCUCUUUUACGUGAUGACGGAAUUUGACAACAGAGGCUUUCACAUUGUGGGCUACUUUUCAAAGGAAAAGGAGAGCAGUGAAGACUACAACCUUGCCUGCAUCCUCACUCUACCUCCAUAUCAGAGGAAAGGCUAUGGGAAGCUUCUCAUCCAAUUCAGUUAUGAAUUGAGCAAGUUUGAGGGGAAAGCAGGAUCUCCUGAGAAGCCCCUUUCAGACUUGGGCCUCCUUUCAUACCGAUCAUAUUGGUCUCAGACCAUACUUGAAAUUCUUACUGAUCUCAAACCUCCUGAUGGAAGUGAUAGACCUCAGAUCAGCAUCAAUGAGUUGUCAGAGACCACAAGCAUGAAGAAGGAUGAUGUCAUUAGUACUCUUCAAUACCUCAAUCUUCUUCAUUAUCAUAAGGGUCAGUAUAUCUUGGUAUUGAAUCCUGACAUUGUCGGCGCCCAUGAGAAGGCAGUGACCAAGAGACGGUUGAGUAUUGAUUCAAAGUGCCUUCACUGGACUCCUAAGGAAUGGUCUAGACGAAAAUGACUCCUUUUAGAAGUUUAGAGUGCAACAUAAAUUGCUAAUAGUGAAAUUUUUUGGGUAUAUGCAGUGGGUACUUGGGCAAAGAUGUAUGCUGAGGUAAAAUCGAUGAAUUGUAUGCUUCUGUGAUAGCCAUCUUUGCCAGGAAGCUCAAAUAUGUUGUGAUGUUUUUAUUGGCAUUUUUCAAUGAUCUCUUCCAGCCACUGAAUAUAGCAGC